UGCUGGAAGGUGGCUGUGGGUGUGAGCAGCAGAGAGACAUAUACUGCAAACAGUAGCUCUCUGUGGAGGCAAAGAGGGUGCUUGCGCCCUUGCUCCCACAACUGCCCCUAUCAUGAGGGGCAGACAUUUGGAAUCAUGGAUUUUCCCCUUGUUCUUAGCUGGUUUUAUUCAGCCAACUCUGGGGCAGACAGAGCAACAGAAGGUAGACUGUUAUGACUCAAUCGAUGGAACUGUCUAUAACUAUGGAGCCCUUACCAUAGAUGGUGAUGAGUACAUCCCCUUCCGGCAGUAUGCUGGGAAGCUGAUCCUCUUUGUCAAUGUGGCGUCCUACUGAGGACUCACAAUGCAGUACCUUGAACUGAAUGCACUACAAAAUACAUUGGGACCUUAUGGACUAGUGAUCCUGGGCUUUCCAUCCAAUCAGUUUGGAAAACAAGAACCUGGUGAGAACAACGAAAUCCUUAACUCAUUGAAAUAUGUAAGGCCUGGGGGAGGCUUUAUCCCAAAUUUCCGGCUCUUUCAGAAAGGAGAUGUGAAUGGGGAGAAAGAACAAAAGAUCUAUACCUUUCUAAAGAACUCCUGUCCACCUGUAGUAGAAAGCUUUGGUGAGGUUACUGGGAAACUUUUCUGGCAUCCUCUGAAGAUCCAUGAUAUCAAGUGGAAUUUUGAGAAGUUUUUGGUCAGCGCAGAAGGGAAGCCUGUAAUGAGAUGGUCCCCGAAGACAAAUGUUGCCACUGUGAAGAACGACAUCAUACAAUACAUGAAGAAGCAGAGAAUGCUGUAUGGCUAGAAUCCAGCCAGGCUUAGGAAAGCAAGCUGCAGGUUGCGGCGGGGGGAGGGGGGGAGAAUGCUACUUCAUCCAGAACCAAAUCAUAAAUCAAAGAUCAGACUUUCAUAGCUCAGGAAUUGAGUAAUUCUUAAAAGAUAAAAUGCACCACUUUGCGCAUUUGGUCAGAGUGUAGCACCCUUAAUUGACAGAAUUCUCAAUACCUUUGGAUGGAACUUGGCCAUGCCUUACUCCAGCCAUGCAGCCCCCUUCCACUUUAGUUUUCCCACUGGCAAGCAGGAUUGAUCACUGCAAUACCUAAUCGGAAACAUUCUUUGGCUACCCAUUGUAUUGUCAGGAUCUGACAGUGCCGUCCUAAGCAAUGGACUUCAAAGGGUGUCACUCUGAUUAGGAUUGCCCUGGGAGUGUAGUGCAAUAGUAAGUUUCCUGUGGUUGUGCUUCUUCAAGAUGCAUUGUCACAAGAAAAAAAAUUGACUUCUUGCCUCUCUCCUUGUUAACCUAUCUAUGAAAAAGAAGAGAAAAAGCCACACUGACAAGCUCUGUCCACCCCACCCCCUUCCAUGCCUUCUGACUAUUGCUGACCUUGUUUUGCAAUGCUGUGAUAACAACUGGAGGAUAAUUUUAGGUGGGUAGCCAUGUUGGUCUGCAGUAGAACAACAGGAUUUUAGUCCAGUACCACCUUAGGAAUCAACAACAGACUUCAGACUCAUGUCUGAAGAAGGGAGCUCUGACUCUGAAAAGUUUACACUCUGAAAAUCUUCUUGGUCCCUAAGGUGCCACUGGAUUCAAAUCCUACUGUUCAACUAGAGGAUGUUGGGGACUGACAAAACCUCAGUGAUGAGUGAAGAUGGCAUUUCUAGCACCUCUGGAUAAAGUAUGUUCUCCCUCUCUUUCCUCAAAUGCAGGGGAAAAUAGGAUGUUUAUGGACUGAAAAUUCUCAACAUUUUGUCUCCUCAAGAGUGGGUAAGAGCAGGCAGGUUUCUCGGGACAUGGAAGAUGGCAUCAGUAUGACGGUUAGGUCUGAAAGCUCCCAAAGAGUGGACUUAGCCCAAGCCUGCAAGGUAGCAGAGUGGCUCCUUGUGCAUUCAAGCCACUCUUCAGUGCACUUGCAAAGAUGCAAUCUUCCUCUCAUCCCCAAGUUCCCAGCCUUGUCUGCCUUUACCCCCUUUCUAUGUAGAAAAGUUUGUUCAAUAAAAACAUUCAGUGCA